GCGAUCGGCGGUGCGCGCUGUGUCCCUCGGACACAGCGGAUCACCAAUCACGGAAAGAGCCGAAGAUGUCGGCUCAGUCAUGUGAUCAACUGUGUCCAAUCACAGCUGAUCACAUGGCACUGAUGAACAGUGUGCCCUGAUGAUCAGUGUAGCCCCAGCAGUGUCACCUGUCAGUGUCCAUCAAUGCCAUAUAUCAGUGCCCAUCAGUGCCACAUAUCAUUGCCUACCAGUGCACAUCAAUGCCACAUAUCAGUGCCCAUCUGAGCUGCCUUUCAGUGUCACCCAUCAGUGCCACCUAUCAAUGCCAAUCAGUACCACCUAUCAGUGCCAGUCAGUGUCAUAUAUCAGUGCCAUGUAUCAGUGCUGCCUUUCAGUGCCCAUCAGUGAUGCCUGUCAAUGCCCAUGAGUGCCACCUAUACAGUGUCCAUCAGUGCAGCCUAUCAGUGCCCAUCGGUGCAGCCUCAUUAGCGCACAUCAGUAAAGGAGAAAAAUCACUUAUUUACAAAAUUUUAUUA